UCCAGUUCAAUCAACGCUGACGCAGGACGCGACCUACCUCAAGUACCAACGAACCAAGUAGUUGAUUGUUUGAGCUGUUUGGUGACGCUUGUCUGUGCUUCAUUUAUUGAAGAGAGCGAUCUUGAUUGCGUUGCAAAGUCAGUAGCUGCGAAUCGUUUCGAUCUCAGAGCCAUCAUGCAAAUCUUCGUGAAAACUCUUACUGGGAAGACCAUUACCCUUGAAGUCGAAGCUUCUGACACCAUAGAGAAUGUCAAGGCCAAGAUUCAAGACAAGGAAGGCAUUCCUCCUGAUCAGCAACGUCUGAUCUUCGCUGGUAAACAACUCGAAGAUGGCAGAACUCUCUCCGACUAUAACAUCCAGAAGGAAUCUACUCUUCAUCUGGUUCUGCGUCUGCGAGGUGGAAUGCAGAUCUUCGUGAAAACGCUCACAGGUAAAACCAUUACUCUUGAAGUCGAAGCUUCCGACACCAUAGAGAAUGUGAAGGCCAAAAUCCAGGACAAAGAAGGAAUUCCGCCAGAUCAGCAGCGUCUGAUUUUUGCUGGCAAGCAACUCGAAGAUGGCAGAACCCUUUCCGACUAUAACAUCCAGAAGGAAUCUACGCUCCAUCUGGUUCUGCGUCUUCGAGGUGGAAUGCAAAUCUUCGUAAAGACACUGACAGGCAAAACCAUCACCCUGGAAGUUGAAGCUUCAGACACCAUAGAAAACGUAAAGGCUAAAAUCCAGGACAAAGAAGGCAUUCCUCCCGACCAGCAGCGUUUGAUCUUCGCUGGCAAACAGCUGGAAGAUGGCAGAACCCUUUCCGACUAUAACAUUCAGAAGGAAUCUACGCUCCAUUUGGUUCUGCGUCUUCGAGGUGGAAUGCAGAUUUUCGUGAAGACACUCACGGGCAAAACCAUCACCCUGGAAGUCGAAGCGUCGGACACCAUAGAAAAUGUGAAGGCCAAAAUCCAGGACAAAGAAGGCAUUCCUCCCGACCAGCAGCGUUUGAUCUUCGCUGGCAAACAGCUGGAAGAUGGCAGAACCCUUUCCGACUAUAACAUUCAGAAGGAAUCUACGCUCCAUUUGGUUCUGCGUCUUCGAGGUGGAAUGCAGAUUUUCGUGAAGACACUCACGGGCAAAACCAUCACCCUGGAAGUCGAAGCGUCGGACACCAUAGAAAACGUAAAGGCUAAAAUCCAGGACAAAGAAGGCAUUCCUCCCGACCAGCAGCGUUUGAUCUUUGCUGGUAAACAGCUGGAAGAUGGCAGAACCCUUUCCGACUACAACAUUCAGAAAGAAUCUACGCUCCAUCUGGUUCUGCGUCUUCGAGGUGGAAUGCAGAUUUUCGUUAAGACACUCACGGGCAAAACCAUCACCCUGGAAGUCGAAGCGUCAGACACCAUAGAAAAUGUGAAGGCCAAAAUCCAGGACAAAGAAGGUAUUCCUCCCGACCAGCAGCGUUUGAUCUUCGCUGGCAAACAGCUGGAAGAUGGCAGAACCCUUUCCGACUAUAACAUUCAGAAGGAAUCUACGCUCCAUUUGGUUCUGCGUCUUCGAGGUGGAAUGCAGAUUUUCGUGAAGACACUCACGGGCAAAACCAUCACCCUGGAAGUCGAAGCAUCGGACACCAUAGAAAAUGUGAAGGCCAAAAUCCAGGACAAAGAAGGUAUUCCUCCCGACCAGCAGCGUUUGAUCUUUGCUGGUAAACAGCUGGAAGAUGGCAGAACCCUUUCCGACUACAACAUUCAGAAAGAAUCUACGCUCCAUCUGGUUCUGCGUCUUCGAGGUGGAAUGCAGAUUUUCGUGAAGACACUCACGGGCAAAACCAUCACCCUGGAAGUCGAAGCAUCGGACACCAUAGAAAAUGUGAAGGCCAAAAUCCAGGACAAAGAAGGUAUUCCUCCCGACCAGCAGCGUUUGAUCUUCGCUGGUAAACAGCUGGAAGAUGGCAGAACCCUUUCCGACUAUAACAUUCAGAAGGAAUCUACGCUCCAUUUGGUUCUGCGUCUUCGAGGUGGAAUGCAGAUUUUCGUGAAGACACUCACGGGCAAAACCAUCACCCUGGAAGUCGAAGCGUCGGACACCAUAGAAAACGUAAAGGCUAAAAUCCAGGACAAAGAAGGCAUUCCUCCCGACCAGCAGCGUUUGAUCUUUGCUGGUAAACAGCUGGAAGAUGGCAGAACCCUUUCCGACUACAACAUUCAGAAAGAAUCUACGCUCCAUCUGGUUCUGCGUCUUCGAGGUGGAAUGCAGAUUUUCGUGAAGACACUCACGGGCAAAACCAUCACCCUGGAAGUCGAAGCAUCGGACACCAUAGAAAAUGUGAAGGCCAAAAUCCAGGACAAAGAAGGUAUUCCUCCCGACCAGCAGCGUUUGAUCUUUGCUGGUAAACAGCUGGAAGAUGGCAGAACCCUUUCCGACUAUAACAUUCAGAAGGAAUCUACGCUCCAUCUGGUUCUGCGUCUUCGAGGUGGAAUGCAGAUUUUCGUGAAGACACUCACGGGCAAAACCAUCACCCUGGAAGUCGAAGCGUCAGACACCAUAGAAAAUGUGAAGGCCAAAAUCCAGGACAAAGAAGGCAUUCCUCCCGACCAGCAGCGUUUGAUCUUCGCUGGUAAACAGCUGGAAGAUGGCAGAACCCUUUCCGACUAUAACAUUCAGAAGGAAUCUACGCUCCAUCUGGUUCUGCGUCUUCGAGGUGGAAUGCAGAUUUUCGUGAAGACACUCACGGGCAAAACCAUCACCCUGGAAGUCGAAGCAUCGGACACCAUAGAAAAUGUGAAGGCCAAAAUCCAGGACAAAGAAGGUAUUCCUCCCGACCAGCAGCGUUUGAUCUUCGCUGGUAAACAGCUGGAAGAUGGCAGAACCCUUUCCGACUAUAACAUUCAGAAGGAAUCUACGCUCCAUCUGGUUCUGCGUCUUCGAGGUGGAAUGCAGAUUUUCGUGAAGACACUCACGGGCAAAACCAUCACCCUGGAAGUCGAAGCGUCAGACACCAUAGAAAAUGUGAAGGCCAAAAUCCAGGACAAAGAAGGCAUUCCUCCCGACCAGCAGCGUUUGAUCUUCGCUGGUAAACAGCUGGAAGAUGGCAGAACCCUUUCCGACUACAACAUCCAGAAAGAGUCCACACUUCACUUAGUCUUACGACUUCGUGGAGGGGCUUGCCUUUAAACCGCGGGUCCAGGGAAACGCUGCUAGUCUCACAUCUCAAAUUGAAUAGUACUAGUAGUAGUAUCAAAGUAGUGUCAAUCACCUUGUUUUUUACAUACGAUUCAAAUCUUUAAUAUCCGCUUUUUAUAGUUUUAUGUUCGGAAAUAUAUUUACCCGUGUCAAGGAAGUGCGACAAGAAUGUAGGAAAUUGUAAUCCAGGUGUGUAAGCCACUGGACGCAUUCUUGUACAGCAUUUAAACAUUAAAUUGCAUUCAGAA